UAAAAACUAAAAACGAUUAAAUGGAAAAUAAAGUACCUUUAAAUUCGGAAUAUUUCCAUUCUCGAAAAACAAAUUCUUAUCGCCGUCGUUCUAAGAGUUUAUCUGAUAAUGUUGAUAACGGUAAAAAUAGUUCACUUUACAGCAGACGUCAUCAUUCUCCCCCUCCGAGACGUGCUCACCACCAACCAAUUAUGAAAUUCAAUGCUGAUAUGUGGAUGCAGGAAUUCAAACAAAAUGUAAUGGAGAAAUUGUUUAAAGAAGAAAGAUUCAAGGCCUUUCAAAAAAAACGAAGUGAAUUAGAAAAUGUUAUGGAUAUUAGUGAUGAUGAAGAAUGGCAGGAACAACAAAAGUUAAUCCAGUCAGUCGUUCAAAAUGAAUGGGAAUAUUAUCAAUCCUCUCCAUAUUCUCAGUACCAACUUUGGCUACAAGAACAGCAAAAUCUUGCUGCGAUGCAACAACAGCAAAAUUUGUAUAGUACUCCACAGCUACAGCAACACCAGCAACAAGAGUUUAUUAAUAAUUUGCCUACAGAAAUUGCCCAAGAUGUUACGGUAAAUAAUUUGCCUUCAAAGUGGUUUCAAUACCGAGAAAGUAAAGAGCAAUGAAUGUACAGCACACACAUAUAUUUUUGAUUGGAUAUAUAUAUAUUUUUUUAACUUUUUUUUUUCUGGGAAUUUUCUUGUAAGUUUUCUUGUAUUUCAUUAUUAUUAUAAUAAA